AUGGCGGCCGCGUUCGUGCGUUUCCGAACAAGAUAUUUUCUAUGGAAAUUUUUUUAUUUUGAGAGGACGGCAACGCGGUUUUUCAAUUCCUUCGGAUUGGAAAACAACUUAGUCAAACGGCUAAGGAAUUUACGUAUCGAAAAACCGACAGAAAUUCAGAAAAAGGUGAGGUUUAUUCCAGUACAAUUCAAUACGGGCCUACUAAAGUAACCUUUUUACUCCCUAGAUCGGACUGUAAAUUCCCCCCUUUAGCUGCUUCAAAUAAAUUACGAGAAUUUGGGGUUAAAUCGAGAAAACACCUUUUACCUGAUAAGUUUGAGUAUUCUCAUUACCCAUUUUCUUGACAAUGUAUGGAUGUCUUAGCGAGAAGCUACAUAUUAAUCACAGGUGGGAGUUAAAGGGGGAAUAGUAUCUACUCUUUCGUUCUUCGUUUUGUAAAAGUAUCGGAAGGACUCAGACGUCGGUGGCUUUGCAUUAUGAUUUUGCUCUCUAAGGAAUGCAGGUGCUGAAAAGAAACUGUUGAGACACAACCUUCCUGUACCAUGACCAUACAAUUCAGGAGGGUUUCCUUGGGAGUUCUCCGGGUACCUAGGCGAAGUAGAUUUUUCAUGAAAACUUUUGUGUUGCCAUGGAAUUUAAAUCUUGUUCUAGCCAUAUAAUUUCUUAAUGUUCCUUUAGGCCCUGAGACCAGUUUUAGAGGAAAGAAACACAAUCAUUAAUGCAGAAACAGGAAGUGGAAAAACUCUUUGUAAGUGGGUAAAUUAUUAUAACAGGAGAUGAGUUAGUGUUUUCCACAAACCAUCUGCUUUGAUGAUUUUCAAGUAUUUUUAUAUUUUGGUUUUGAAUAAUGUUGUGUACUUUUAAAAUCACUUUGACUCAACUAAGAGGUCAAUUUAUGGUAAGAACCUAAGUGACACAUUUGGUGCGACUCUUUUUUGUUUUUACCACAUUUUUUAGGUCAUCUGUGAUUUAACACUUCACAGACACAAGGCAUCAUGGUUUUUUUUUUUCUUUAAAGGAUCUAUAUAUCCUGAUUGAAAGUAGUUGAGAUUUCUUCAGUGUAUCAACUCAAGGUGCUGUUCUGGUUGUUCCUGCAGGUUACCUUCUUCCUAUUAUCAAUAAACUUCUUGUGGACAAAGAAACAGUUUCUAAGCCACCAUAUGCUCUUGUGUUGCUGCCCACUAUUGAACUUUGCCAUCAGGUGAGGUCAGAUGCCAUGAAAUAAUGCAUAGAACUCUCCGCUCCUUGGAUCUGAUUUUUAAAAUCCAGCUAACAGUGAAAUUAAAAUGUUUACACAUUUUCAGAGUUAAAGGAGUAACAAGUCAAGUGCUUUGUCCUUUGCUAUUGUAAACUUUUCUUUGAAACUGCUAAUUAAGAUCCUUGCAAAAUUCUUGAAGAAUUUGAAAACUUGGAAACUUAUCUCUCUCGUUUGAAUAGGUUGCCAAUGUGUUUCAAAGUCUAACAGAUGAUUCAAUGCAGCCAUGCACUGUUCAUAAAGACUCCAAGUUACAAAUAAACUCCAAACACCCCAUUGUACUGGCCACACCCAGUGCCUUGCUCACCUAUAGCCCCAGGACUCUACGUAACAUUAGAGUAGUGGUUACUGAUGAAGCAGACCUCUUGUUAACCAAUGGACAACAAGAAAUUUAUGAAAUUCUCAGUUAUUUUAUGGGUAUAGAGAUCACAACGAAGAGGCGGAAAAAGCUAAGAUCAAAGUCUUUAAAAGUUGUAAAUAUUACUGAAGUACAUGGUAAGGAAUCAAAUGAACACAAGUUGAAUGAAACUGUACAUUUGCCAGUUGAAGGGUCAGGUUUUCAAGCCAGCACAACUCCUCUGGCCCUGCAUCGGCAAUUUAUCUUUGUGGCUGCAACGUUGCCUUCACGUGGGGAAAAGGACAUUUAUAAUGUGUUGAGGGAAUGGUUACCAGAUGCUGAAUUUGUCUCCACAGAUUUGGCCCAUCACACAGUGCCAACAGUAGAUAUAUGUUACGUUAAGGUAGAGGAUGCUCUUAAAUUGCCUGAGUUGUUGCGUUGCUUGAAUUCGUUAGCGGGGUCGAUCAGGUAUCCACUUAGCAAUAUUGGAAGAGCAAAGAAUGGAAACGUAACUUCCAUGCAGAAAGUAAAUGUUGAUCAUAGCACAAAUGAUUCUAGCAGUAAAAAAGAUGAAGACAAAUCGUAUUCAGUUGAAAGGGUGGCUGGGAGAUUGGAUCUUGAAAAGGAAAUUAAUAUUGAUGGUGAAACUCAAGGAAGGCAAGGAGAAGCUUGUCUUGAGCCAGUUCGUUUGAAAAAUUUACGGGUGUUGGUGUUUGUUAACACGACAAAAGCAGCAGAGGAAGCUUAUAACUUUCUCAAUGGUACUGCAGAGCAAGGACAGAGUGACUCGGUGCCUUGGAAACAUGUCAUUCUGAAUGAUCAAACUAUAACUAUUUGGCAAAAUGACCCGGGAGAAUCGGACAUUGGUGUUGAGGCAAAAGCACAAAGACGUUUUGUGACACGUACCGGCUACAUCGAUCUAUGGCAAGGCACAGUUGGUCAGAUUCACAAAAAUAUCUUGCCCGCUGAAAGAAUAGAUAGGCUAAAGAAAUUUACAUCUGGAGAAUUGAAGGUCUUGAUUUGCACAGACUUAGCAUCUAGAGGGUUGGACAUCCCGGAUGUUAGUCAUGUGAUUCAAUUGGACUUUGCCCUGAGUGCCACUCAGGUGCUGCAUCGCACGGGGAGGACGGCUAGGGCGGGUGCAUCGGGUAAAGGUAGGAUAUGAGUUUUUUUAAAUCCAUGCGAACGAAAUAUCAUUUUGUCUAAAAGCGAUCCUUAAUUUCGCUUGACGGUGCUUUGACAAGGAGUUCAAGCUUGAACUCUUUACAAAAUUGGUAAGGUGACUAACCAUGCAAAGUCUGAAUGAAAGCAUGUAUUUAAUCGAAAUAUUUUGGAGAAUAACUUAAAACAGAUGUUCCAGCGUUUUCACAAUCAGGAACCGGUUACACGAAACUUUAAGUCCGGAAACCAGGAGCCCAUUACUUAAUAAGUAAUGGCUCCUACUGAAACUGAGUGAAAAAUGAAAAUCUGAAAGAGACGUUCCAAAUCGGUGGUUUCGUGGCACUUUUUGAAGAGACCAUUCUUGUGCUUGUUCGAAACUUAAAUAUCCCGUACGUGACAAUGGCUAAAUUAGUGCGCAUGCUAAUAACGCGCGAGAAAUUUUACGAGCGCAAAGGAAUGGGAACGACGAUAUUUCUGUAGCAACACUGUUGCAGCAAUAUGGCUCAUUUUUUAACUGAAAAUUUCCGUAUUUUUUUUGUUAUUUUGCAAGCAUAAGCUCAAACCAAAACGAUAAGGUUACCGUUUUUAGGAAGGUUUCUGUCGAACCUCAUCCGUCACAUAUCUCACUCAACAAAAAAAAAAUGCUGUAACAGAGUGAAUUUAACAACAGAAGUAGAGCAUUCGUAUUAAGGUUACGAAGUUUGAAACAUUUUUUAUCGCUGUAGCGCUUGUUGUCAUCGUCUCCUCAAUAGGUGAACCUCCUGGAGAAAAAGUUUGUUGUCUCGGUGUUAAAACCCGCGUUAGCUUUGUUUGCAGAGGAAGAAUAAUGGUAGCGAUGAACGCUCAUACAGUUCCAGUAGCGGAGCAUGCGCACUCAUUUUGCCGCUGUGUCAUCCUGUAUGGGUCGUAUGGGAACCCAGGCUAGGCCUUGCGUUAACUAGCUGUAGCAGUAUUCUCCAGUAUAUAAACUGCACCCACUGCACCCACUGCACCCAGCUGUAUUCAAAUUGGUACAGGUUCUUUUGUUUCUGUUGCAGUGAUAAACCUUGUCACCGAAAAUGACCAAGAUCUAGCUCGCGCUGUACGAGCUUGUGACCAGUCCCGGAGCAGUGAUGGUUAUCAAGCCACGUUUAGCAGGAAAAGAAGGUUCAGGAAGAAAUUGAAAAAGAACGCUAUUGCUUUAGUUGACAAGCUGUAAUACCCCCGCUGUUGAUUUUUGUCCACACUGUGCGCAGAUUUGUCCCCACGGUGAUAGGGUGAUCUCUCACCUUUUUCAUCACGAAUAAAUGGA